GGCUGUGCAAGUGGCACACCGUGUUUUCUUCUCUUUGUUUAAGUCGAGCCCGUUCAAAGCGGUUCUAAACACGUUCUCGACAUAAACGACGCGCCACAAGCCUUGAGUGCUUCGAGGCCACACCCGGGAUGGAGCAAGAGCAUCAGCACCCCCCGUAUGGCGAUGCCUUGCGUACUUUGGCACCUCAGCCCCCCGUUGCGCCUCCGGUUCGUUACCAGGCUACAUCGACGGCGAAGCAUCGUGUCACGAAGGGUCGAUAUCUCACCAGCAAUGACCCACGAGGCUACAUUCCUGUAUACGAGUACCCGAUAGGGGAUAAUUGGAUCAUGAUGGAUGCUGAUGAUGGAUACAUCCUCUGGACGGCGAUAUGGAAAGCACUAGGAAAUGCAAAAGCCGACAUUGUUAAGAUGCUUGAUAAUAUGCCAGAGAUCGCCCCCCAUAUAAGAAGAGUUAGGGGUGGGUACCUCAAGAUUCAAGGCACUUGGAUGAAAUAUGACGUUGCUCUAACUCUCGCGCGGCGAGUUGCCCACUCUAUUGCUGAGGAUUUGAUACCAGUAUUCGGGUACUUGUCUCACGCCUGACCAACCUGGGUAUGGACAGUUGUUGGAAGGCAAACGCAGAAGACGACGACCCCAGCCAAGCAACAAGAGCGUCAAGGCGCCGAAUACACACCCCUAUGGCGGGACCCCCGAUGAUUAUCACUAUGAGCAGGGACCGAUGUAUCCGCCCCAAGGUCCGCCUCACGAUUAUCCGCCACGAGGCUACGAGCAUCAUCCCGAUGAAGGGCAUCUGCCGCCUAUUCAUGAUUACUCCCCAGAGCAUGGUCACGCGCCUUAUCCCCCCAUGCCACCCCCAAACUUUGCCCCCUACCCUCCGCCUCCAGGAUACUACCCAUCAAUGCC